AUGAGAGCUCAUUUAAUCCUUGCACUGUGUUUGCAUUUGUGCAGCAAAGCAGCGACCGAGAAAUGCCAACUAAAACACAAAGGUGGAAAUAGGGAGUUUCCAGCGAAUUUCUCCUUUGGCGCCUCAACCGCGGCCUACCAGAUAGAAGGCGCUUGGAACGAAGAUGGCAAGGGGCUCUCUAUUUGGGACACAUACACACACACGAAUCCGGAGAGGAUACGCGAUCGCACAAAUGGCGAUGCAGCGGCAGAGUCGUAUCAUCGUUUCGAGCAGGAUUUGGUGGCACUGAAGGAACUCAAGGUCAACUUCUAUCGCUUCUCGUUUUCCUGGCCACGCCUGCUGCCAAACGCCGACACGACGGUGAUUAAUCAAAAGGGCAUUGACUAUUACAAUAUGAUGAUUGAUAAGUUGUUGGCAAAUAACAUUGAACCCAUGGUGACAAUGUUCCACUGUGACUUGCCAGAUGCGCUCAACAAGUUCGGUGGCUUCACCAAUGACAUCAUAAUUAAAUACUUCCACUACUAUGCAGAAUUCUUGUACGAAACAUUUGGAGAUCGCGUCAAGAAAUGGAUUACCUUCAAUGAACCCUUCGACUACUGCGUACUGGGCUAUGGCCGAGCGUAUUUCCCGCCCUUGGUACAUUCACCCGGCGUGGCCGAUUACCUCUGCAUGGAUAAUACACUGCGCGCUCACGCCGCUGCCUAUCGCGCUUACAAAGCGAAAUAUUUCAGUGCGCAAGGCGGCAAAAUAGGCAUCACCAUCAGCAGUCGUUUCUACUACAAUCAGCAGAAUGGUGGAGAUGAGAGCAUCGUCGAACGCGCUAUGCAGUAUUCGCUCGGUUGGCUGGCUAAUCCGAUUUUUGGAAAAACCGGCAACUAUCCGCAACUCAUUUUAGAUGAUAUUAGGAAUAACAGUAUGCGCGAGGGCUUGUCUUGGUCGCGUUUACCCGCCUUUGAUGAAUUCUGGUCGAAAAUAAUUAAAGGUUCUGGUGAUUUUUUGGGUCUCAAUUACUAUACCUCGCGGUAUGCAGAGUUGGCAGAUCCGGCUGAUGGUGAGAUACCUUCUUGGGAGUAUGAUUCACAAUUGCAAUAUUCGGUAGACGAGAAGUGGAAACAGGGUAAUUCAGACUGGCUAUACUGCGUGCCGCAGGGAUUGGAGGAUAUUCUGAAAUGGAUUCGUGAUCACUAUGACAAUGUCGAAGUCUUUGUGACGGAAAAUGGUUGGUCGGAUAAUGGACAGUUGGAGGACUCCGAACGGGUGGAUUAUUUGCAGGCUCAUUUGCAAGCAGUACUCAAUGCAGUGAACGACGGCUGUAAUGUCACUCACUAUUCCCACUGGAGCUUAAUCGAUAAUUUCGAAUGGAAUAUGGGCUACACCCAGAAGUUUGGUCUCUUUUAUUUGAAUCUGACGAGCCCGAAUAAGGAACGGAUUGCCAAAAAGUCCGCGCGUUACUAUAGCAGCGUCAUUGAAACCGGAAAAAUAAUUUUAAGCUAA